GGGGCAGAGACGCGAGCAGGAAGAGCAGCGGCGAGGCGGCGGCGGCGGCAGAGUCGGUGGUGCCAGAGGCAAAAGCGACAGCUCCCGGGGGUGGCGGCAGCCCCGAGAGCAGGAUGCGGGUCCGGAUCGGGCUGACGCUGCUGCUCUGCGCGGUGCUGCUGGGCACGGCCUCGGCGUCGUCGGAUGAUGAAAGCAGCCAGGAUGAAUCCUUAGAUUCCAAGACUUCUUUGCCAUCAGAUGAGCCGGUAAAGGACCACAGCACAGCAGGCAGAGUAGUCGCUGGUCAGAUAUUUCUUGAUUCAGAAGAGUCAGAAUUAGAAUCACCAAUUCAGGAGGAGGAAGAUAGCCUCAGGAGCCAAGAAGGGGAAAGUGGCACCGAGGAAAUCAGCUUUCUAGAAUCUUCAAAUCCAGAAAACAAAGAUUAUGAAGAACCAACGAAAGUACGGAAACCAGCUUUGACCGCCAUUGAAGGCACAGCACAUGGAGAGCCCUGCCACUUCCCUUUUCUUUUCCUGGAUAAGGAAUAUGAUGAGUGUACGUCAGAUGGGAGAGAAGAUGGCAGACUGUGGUGUGCUACAACCUAUGACUACAAGGCAGAUGAAAAGUGGGGCUUUUGUGAAACUGAAGAAGAGGCCACUAAAAGACGGCAAAUGCAGGAAGCAGAAGUGAUGUACCAGACUGGGAUGAAAAUCCUCAAUGGAAGCAAUAAGAAAAGCCAAAAAAGAGAAGCAUAUCGGUAUCUUCAAAAGGCAGCAAGCAUGAACCAUACCAAGGCCCUGGAGAGAGUGUCAUAUGCUCUUUUGUUUGGUGAUUACCUGACACAGAACCUCCAGACAGCUAAAGAGAUGUUUGAGAAGCUGACUGAGGAAGGCUCUCCCAAGGGGCAGACUGCUCUUGGCUUUCUCUACGCCUCUGGACUUGGUGUUAAUUCAAGUCAGGCAAAGGCCCUUGUUUAUUAUACUUUUGGAGCUCUUGGGGGCAACCUAAUAGCCCACAUGAUUUUGGGCUACCGCUACUGGGCUGGCAUCGGGGUCCUCCAGAGUUGUGAAUCCGCGCUGACGCAUUACCGUCUUGUGGCCAACCAUGUUGCUAGUGAUAUCUCGCUGACAGGAGGCUCAGUAGUGCAGAGAAUACGGCUGCCAGAUGAGGUGGAAAAUCCAGGAAUGAACAGUGGAAUGCUAGAAGAAGAUUUGAUUCAGUAUUACCAGUUCCUAGCUGAAAAGGGUGAUGUACAAGCACAGGUCGGUCUGGGACAACUGCACCUGCACGGAGGGCGUGGAGUAGAACAGAACCAUCAGAGAGCGUUUGACUACUUCAAUUUAGCGGCGAAUGCUGGCAACUCACAUGCAAUGGCCUUCUUGGGAAAGAUGUACUCAGAGGGAAGUGAUAUUGUGCCUCAGAGUAAUGAGACAGCCCUUCACUACUUUAAGAAAGCUGCUGACAUGGGCAAUCCAGUUGGACAGAGUGGGCUUGGAAUGGCUUACCUCUACGGGAGAGGAGUUCAAGUUAAUUAUGAUCUGGCACUGAAGUAUUUCCAGAAAGCUGCUGAGCAAGGCUGGGUGGAUGGGCAGCUACAGCUUGGCUCCAUGUACUAUAAUGGCAUUGGAGUCAAGAGGGAUUAUAAACAGGCCUUGAAGUAUUUUAACUUAGCUUCUCAGGGAGGCCAUAUCUUGGCUUUCUAUAACCUAGCACAGAUGCACGCCAGCGGCACAGGUGUGAUGCGAUCCUGCCACAAUGCAGUGGAGUUGUUUAAGAAUGUGUGUGAACGGGGCCGCUGGUCUGAGAGGCUUAUGACUGCCUAUAACAGCUAUAAAGACGGCGACUACAACGCCGCCGUGAUCCAGUACCUCCUGCUGGCCGAACAGGGCUAUGAAGUGGCACAGAGCAACGCUGCCUUCAUCCUUGACCAGAGAGAAGCCACCAUUGUAGGUGAGAAUGAAACCUACCCCAGAGCUUUGCUCCACUGGAACAGGGCUGCCUCGCAAGGCUAUACUGUGGCUAGAAUUAAGCUUGGAGACUACCAUUUCUAUGGAUUUGGCACUGAUGUGGAUUACGAGACUGCAUUUAUUCAUUAUCGUCUAGCAUCUGAGCAGCAACACAGCGCACAGGCUAUGUUUAAUCUGGGAUAUAUGCAUGAGAAAGGACUAGGCAUUAAACAGGAUAUUCACCUUGCAAAGCGUUUUUAUGACAUGGCAGCCGAAGCCAGCCCAGAUGCACAAGUACCAGUCUUCCUAGCGCUCUGCAAAUUGGGCAUCGUCUACUUCUUGCAGUACAUACGGGAAGCCAAUAUUCGAGAUGUAUUUACCCAAGUUGAUAUGGACCAGCUUUUGGGACCUGAGUGGGACCUUUACCUCAUGACUAUCAUCGCGUUGCUGCUGGGAACAGUCAUAGCUUACAGGCAGAGGCAGCACCAAGACAUGCCCGGCCCCAGGCCCCCCGGGCCACGGCCAGCAGCACCACAGCAGGAGGCGCCACCCGAGCAGCAGCCGCCACAGUAACGACUGUGCCCAGCCUUGAUCAAUGACAACCGAGGGAAUCGUUUGCAGAGAACACCUGCGUUUGAUCUGGGACUCUGGCUCUGUGGCCACCUCCUGGAAGAGGCACAAGGAAGCAUUGAAUUCCUACAGCUGCUUAGAAUCUGAUGCCUUUAUUUUCAGGGAUAAGUAACUCUUACCUAAACUGAGUUGAAUUUCAGUGCCGUUUGGAAUAACAACUCUCAGUGGCUUUCCUUUUUUUGGUUUGUUCUGGAAACAUACGUGAGACCCUCAAAGUAAUGUCUACUGUAUCCAGCUCUCUUGGGUCCUUUUGGUCAUUCUCUCAAUGUGCAUAAGUUCUCCGAUCAACCAUCUUCAAGGUCUUGUGCAUCGACACUAAAAACUAAUGUGUGAAAAGGAAAACCCAGUUACUCACAAGUUUAACCUUAAUAUAUUUGAAAGUCUGGAAAUAGAACUUGCCUUUAACGUAAAAAAAAAGGCUUCAAAGUGUUUCAGAAUGGCCAUAGCAGAAACUUCUACCAAUCCACAUGCAAGUGCACGUAUUCAGCACAUUUGUUACUUUAAAAGGGAAGGAAGGGAGGUUUCUGACUGCUGGUGAUUGUCAUAUUUUAUACCACACUUCUCUCCUUCAGAGACUGAAAGGCCUUGUUAACAAGUGUUGUGUGUGAAUUUCAUUUCUUUGGAAUGGAAUAUCUAUAAAACAUUGUGAACUGAUUCCUUGAGCUAACACAUGCAUUUGCCCCACCUACUUAAUGUAAUUUGCUUGUUUUAAGUAUGCAGAGCCUUGAUCUGGAAGCCAGAGGAUGGACUAAGUGGGAGAAAUUAGAAAGCAAUAUUAUAGAACCCUGCAUGGGGUGCUAAGACCAUAGACAUCCUUCCCCAAAAGUUGACCCAAUAGUUCCCAGGGCUUAUUUAGUUUGCAUUUCUUAUUGCAAAGGAACAGGUCACCCUCCUGAAUUCUCUUAAGUAUGAAAUACUGCGAAGGUACGGCAUGUGUUGACUACCAUGAUAAUACUAAGGCUGAGACAGGAUCUAGGGUGCAUGAAACUCAGUGGUCGAGGACUGCCAAAGCCCGUUCACACUGUUCAGGUGGAUUUUCACUUCUGCCGUUUUAUGUGACAGUAGAAAAUCAGCCACUUUCUCAGCUGUCAUAUUCAUCACCCUCCCACUGUGAACACUAGGAAAAUAAGGCUAUUCCUCUCGAGAAUUGUCUGAUUAAAUUGUAUAGGAAACAACAGUGAAGAAAACUUGCAAACUUCACAUAUCUUGCAAAUGAAAAAAUUAAACAGUUUGUAUUUCUUUCCAUUGUCUGAGACUACGUUUGCACCUGAGCAGGCUUUCUGGGCCUACUGACCUCAGUCUGUUUUCUUAACCUUUAUACUCUUUCCAUAACCCCUCACCUGCCAGAAAACUUGAAGAGUUUGUUAUUGUAGAGUUGUAGGACUGGUUCCUGAAGUUGGGGUUGCAUUUAGAACCAGAUUUAAUUAGUCAGUAAUGAACAUGAGGGCUUUUAAUGUGAUGAUGUAUGCUUUUUUGCUUAGAGUAGAUUUUUACGAGACACCUGGCAAGCAAACUCUCCUCCGAGGUAAUCGCCUUCAAUUUUGAAGAGGUGAUCACAGCGAGAACCCUGUGUCUAAAAGUAUAUCCAGAAGGCAGGAAAUGUUACUCUCAAAAGUAUAAUGCCACUUUGGGUAGCUCUUGUGAAUAUUACGACUUGUUUGAUCUCUUACACUUGGCGAUUCGGGAGCAGUGGAUAGGAUAUGGGGAUGUCUUUACUGCCUCUGCCCCCACCCUUCAGAAUCCCUAUCAGCCACGCUUCAUUUCAAAGGAACUGUUUUAAUUGAUUUAAAGUUUAACUUCCACUUUUUCCCCUCUACCACCCCCUACUUUCUCCUUUAGCAGCAUUUUAUCUCUCUCUCUACUUCCCUCCAAUACUUUGGGAAAACAUGUCCUAUAACAGUGUGCACUACCAAAGCUAGAUGGGGAAGGGCAGUCUGUUCUUCAUGCAGUAACAGGCUUCCUGCCAGUUUGCCGCUCGCUGUGUCCUUUUUAUUAUUACCUAGAGGCCAAUGCACGAAGUUCGUGUAAGAGCAGGCCUUCCUUUCCCCGUCUGGCGGCACCAGCUUCCCUCUGGCAUCUGGGACCGGGGACCUGGGUUUCCCUUGCAGCCCUGGCUACAUCCGUGUCCAGUCUAAUUAGCAUAUUACACUUUUAUUAUUAUAGAUACUCCAGAUACCCCUUUCUUGGCCUUUUCCACUUCCUGUUUUACCAUGGGUCUUUUGCUACUGGAAAUCCAAACGGUAUACUUAAAAUAAAUUAGUUCCUAUGGCUUGGUGAUGUCAGUCCUUCUGACUGUCUCAAAGUACUCUGCUCCCUUCUCAAGGAACUGGUGUUUCUCCUAAAAUAAUGCUCAAUACUUAACCUAAUCAAAUGGCAUCCAUUUGAAUAAAAUGACAGUAACUAAAGCUAGUUAAUGUCAGUGACAUUAAACUGACUCCGGGACUCAGGAGUUUUAACGGUAGCAUUUAGAGUUAGCAGGUAGAGUGCGGCUUCAUUUCUCCGCGGUAGCCCAUCACUCCCGUCCCGUUUCCUAGUCUGUCUCUACUUAGGGCAUCUCGCUCGUGCAUGUGGUGGUUGCUCACUCGACUGUUUCAGAGUCUCCACAUAAUCCGUUUGCUUCCAUUUUAUGUUGCAAAGGUCGCAUUGGUGUUUGGGUUUCUUUUUUCUUUUCUUUUUGCGUUUGGAGUUUUUCUGUCUAUUUUCUGAGUGAGGCUUAUCUUAUUUUUUUUUUUUUUUUUUUGGUUACUAUUCAGAGGCACAGAAAAAUAUUUCAAAACUCCUUUUUCAAAGUUCAUUAUUUAACACUUAAAUGAGAUUAACGUAUUAAUCUUAAUACUCUUGAUGAUGUGUUACCCUUGUGCACAUAAGAUUAAUUUGCGAGAGUUUUACUGCUGAGUUGUCUUAUCUUCGUGCCAUUGGGAAGUUGUAGAAGCUUUUGUGAUCUGGUGGUGAUCUGAUGCUUUAUUUAAUUUAAGGGCUACUGUUGCCUCCAGAAAACUUAAGUAUUUCAUAUAGGAUUUUUUUUAAUUUUUGGCUUUUUUCCCCCUUUGCUCCUCAUGUUUGUUCUUCAAACCAGUGUGUUGGAGGUAUACAUGCAAACCUAUAAAUGAAGACCACAAUUCUUGAUGUGUGUGGCAUGUAUAUUAUUGGCUGGCUACAUCUACAGAACACUUCCUGUCCAGAGGUUUGGACUGGCAUUUCACAUGCAUAUUUCAAUAAAAUGUUUCAGGUAAAACAGACCCUUUAUCUGCCAGGAAGGGCAACAUGGUACAUUUGUCCCAAUGACAUCUCGUAUUUGUUUUCAAAGUAAAUGUAAUACAUGUUGCACAAUAUUAGGACUAGAGGUGUUCAAGAAAUAAAGCAAAAGAAACAUAUUUUCAUGAAGAUAUUUUUAUCAGUCAUUGCUCACAAAUAUAAAUUAAAAUACAAAAUUUCUGAAUACCACAUUGUCUGAGGCACUCCCUGAUUUUUAAUGCGGAGCAGUCAUUGAGAAGUAGCUAAAUUUCUCCUUCUACUUGGUAUUUCAAGAACUAUACAGAAUAGCCCACGUAAAAAAAGAUUUGUGUUUUAAAGUGACUAUUUGCACAAGAUCUGAUUUUGUGUGCAUGAAAAGGACGUCUUGGUUAUGUGCAACGAGUCAUCUCACAUGUGCUCUCUUUUCUAUUUGGAAUGACACGCAAGCUGACGCUAUUCUCUGAUUUAUAAAAAGAAAUCAGUGUUGAAAUGAUCAAGGUGCAACCACUUUCGAUAUUGAGAAGCUUUGAAAGACGGUAAGCUGGCAUCAGAAGGAACACCAUGGCAGACUCUUUUUGUAAAUUUAUUUUGUAUUUAAUUAAAUACAGUAUAAAGGCUGGUGAAGUGUAAUAUAAUUGUGUAAACAAAUCCUGUUAAUAGAGAGAUGUACAGAUCCGUUUUGUACUGUACCUUGAACCUUGUGAAAUAAAGAUCCCACCUGGUUA